ACAAUUUCCAUAUCUACCUCCUCAAUGUUUCAUCCUUGGAAUGUCUUUGUCUUCUGAUUACAAUCCAGAUGAGAAUCUUCUACUAGUGAGUUCUUAGAUCUUCAGCAUACAGAGGAAUCUUGGAUUUCAUCAACAUGAACCUCUGCUGGAGCGAAAUAAAGAAGAGAUCCCACAGUCUAAGAGCACGCCUGGAAGCAUUUUCAGAUCCUACCUUGAAGCUGCAGCCACCGCUCCAGGAGAUCAUUGACUGGCUAGGGCAAAAGGAUGAAGAUUUGUCAGCCCAGCUUCCCCUACGAGGUGACCUUUCAGUGGUGGAGCAAGCCAAGGAUAAACAUCUGCUCUUUAUGGAAGAGGUCAAGUCUCGAGGUCCUUAUAUAUAUUCUGUACUUGAAUCUGCUCAAGCUUUCCUCACACAGCAUCCUUUUCAAGAAAUAGAAGAGGACACACCUACAUUAGCCAAAGAUGCCUCUCCCAGAAGCCGAUCUCUUAGUCGCUUACUUUGGAAACAAGCAAGUGUGGCUAGUGAACUGUGGGAUAGGUUGACUGCUCGCAGUCUAGAUCAGCAUCGCCAUCUGGAGAGAACAUUAGAGCAGCUUCGGGAUUUAGGAGUUUCCAUGAAAGAAGCUACAGAUGCACUGAGUCAAGCGGAGAGCGUGCAGACAACUUGGGAAGCAAUUGGAGACUUGUUUAUUGAUUCCUUGCCCGAGCACAUCCAGGCUACAAAGCUUUUUAAGGAAGAGGUAACUCCUAUAAAAGACACAAUCAAGAUGGCAAAUGACCUUGCUCAUCAGCUAGCCCUAUGUGAUGUACACCUCUCUAUGGAAAACGCACGUGAGCUUGAGCAAAUCAACAACCGUUGGAAACAGCUACAGACUUCUGUUACAGAACGUCUCCGUCAGCUGCAGGAUGCUCACCGUGACUUUGGACCUGAGUCUCAACAUUUUUUAUCUUCUUCCGUACAGGUGCCAUGGGAGAGAGCAAUAUCCCCCAACAAAGUUCCCUACUAUAUCAACCACCAGGCACAAACAACCUGCUGGGAUCAUCCAAAAAUGACUGAGCUUUACCAGGCACUUGGAGAUUUAAAUAACAUAAAAUUUUCUGCAUACCGGACAGCAAUGAAACUACGCAGAGUACAAAAGUCUCUCAGAUUGGACCUAGUCACCCUGCCUCUCCUAUCUCAGAUAUUUAGUUGUGAUAUCCUGCAGUCUUCAGAUCAUUCUCUUGACGUUCUUGAUGUCAUUCGGUGUUUGAGUUCACUAUAUGAGCGAUUAGAAGAAGAACGUGGACUUUUAGUAAAUGUGCCACUGUGUGUGGACCUCGCCCUCAACUGGUUACUAAACGUCUUUGAUGGUGCUCGCAUUGGAAGAAUACGGGCGCUUUCUUUUAAGGCUGGAAUAGUGUGUUUAUGUGAUUGUGAUGUGAAGGGGAAACUGCAGUAUUUAUUUUCACAAGUGGCUGGACCUGAUGGGACUUGUGAUCAACGACAGCUUAGUCUUCUACUGCAUGAAGCCAUUCAGAUACCCCGUCAACUAGGAGAGGUUGCAGCAUUUGGAGGAAGUAAUGUUGAACCCAGUGUUAGGAGCUGCUUUCGAUUUGGAAAUGGAACAUCAUAUCUGGAGUUGUCUCAGUUUCUUGAAUGGGGAAGUCUGGAACCACAGUCCUUAGUAUGGCUUCCAGUUUUACAUCGAGUGACAUUAGCCGAGACUGUCAAGCACCAGACAAAGUGUUCCAUCUGUAAACAGUGUCCAAUAAAGGGAUUUAGAUAUCGCAGCUUAAAACAGUUUGGUGUGGAUAUAUGCCAAUCCUGUUUCUUAACUGGACAAGCAGGAAAAGGAAACAAACUCCAUUAUCCAAUCAUGGAAUAUUACACACCGACAACUUCAGGAGAGAAGAUGAGAGAUUUUGCAACCACUCUGAAAAAUAAAUUUAGGACUCGUCAUUAUUUCAGUCGACAUCCCCAGCGGGGCUAUCUACCUGUGCAGUCUGUACUUGAAGUUGAAGUUAGUGACACGCCAGUAUCUUCUCCAAUGCUUCCGCAUGCAGAUACACAUUCAAGGAUUGAACACUUUGCUAGCAGACUUGCUGAGAUGGAAAAUCAGAACUCUUCCUUCUUCACUGAUAGCUUUUCUCCUGAUGACAGCCUUGACGAGGAUCAAUAUCUACUGCGCCACUCCAGUCCUAUUACAGAUCGGGAUCCAUGUACUACACAUGCAGUGGGAGAACUAAAUCCAGAGGAGGAGCAAGGAGAGUUAGAAAAAAUACUUGAACAGUUGGAGCAUGAAAACAGAAUUCUUCAGGGAGAAUUAAAACGACUGAAAUGGCAGCACGCAGAGGUAGGAGAGAGUGCUUUAUUUGGGGAAGUGUCACCUGAUUCCGGGGGCAGUUGCAGUGGUGACAUACAAAAUGAAGAACUGUUAAGUGAAGCACGGAUACUGCGGCAUCACAAAAAUCGUUUAGAGACUCGUAUGCAGAUAUUGGAAGAUCACAACAAGCAACUUGAAUCUCAGCUGCACCGACUCAGGGAACUAUUGUUACAGCCUAGCAUAGAUGAUGGAAAGACUUCUUCCACCUCACAGCUGGACUCCGAGAGCAAGUGUCCUACAGAUGAUAACAGGGGAACACCAGAUACUGAAGCUGCAGAUGAUGUGGACAGAGGAACUAGAGAAGUGAGCUUACACCUGGAAGAUAUCAUGGAAAAACUACGGAAUGCUUUUCCAAGUACAAGAGAUAAGGAAUUAUGCGAUGUUGACACUGCAAAACGGGAGUCUCCGACAUUGCCGCUGUGAUACUGGACGUCCUACAAAUGUAUUGAUUUGGCUUAAGAAUAAGCGACUUUGAAGAAGUGAUGUUUACAUUUCACGGCCAAUGAAAAGGUGUAUCAAAAAUUAA